AUGCCAACCUGCACCUCUUGCAGCACAACGUCUCUCGAAACUGCGGAAGAUAUACCGACAUGCACAAAGGACAUCGACACUUGUGCACCGUGCGCGAAGCUCAAGGACCUCCGGAAAGAGAUUGCUGCGGCCAAAGCGCAUCUCGCAGAGUUACUUGGACGGAUUCCACCCCUUCGUUAUGCUAUGAAUCACGCCCACGACCCCCUCGAGAACCGACUUCCUCCAGAGAUAAUUUCGCGUAUAUUCGUGUUCUAUGCGAGCUAUUUCGACUUCUAUAGCAUGGAGCAUGACGUUCUGUUGCCCCGCCCAGACAACUUGCCGGUCACACUCGGAGCCGUCUGCAAGAGAUGGCGCGAAAUUGCCUGGGCAACGCCGAGUUUGUGGACCACUGUGGACGUGCACCUUGACCCCAGAAGCAUGACGCAAGAGCGAUCGCAGCUUUUGAAAGAGUGGCUCGAGCGUUCAAGAAGCCUCCCUCUCACCCUCGUCAUACGCUCCGAAUCAUCUCUAUCCACCUGUGUCGGUACUCCUGGAGGGCUCAAUAUCUUGUCUAUAGUCGAUUCCAUCAACUCUCAUUCGAGUCGCUGGUCCAGUCUUGCCAUACAUGCACCCUCUUCUGUGGCAUCGCGCCUUCAUCUUAAAAUAACUAUUCGACCAAACGCCGCAGACGCUGCAGAUAAUUCAAUGUCCUCCUCAAUGACCGACAUUCUUCCUUCCCCAGAGCAGGUUUCUCUUCGAGGCUUACGAUUUCGCACCGUUAGACUCGACUGGUCUAACGUCAUCCACGUUGAACUUUCCGAUUUGUUUGUGGACGAAUGCCUCUGCCUCCUUUGUGAAGCAACUAAACCUGUGUCUUGCAAUCUUCGAAUUACUCAAGGCAGCGAUGGACACAUAGUCCCUCAACACGAAAUCCUUCACAUAAAGAUUGGAUCUUUGGAGAUUGCUUUCUCCGACGCCGAGCUGUUGGGCUCCUUCUUUUCUAGGAUUAACCUCCCUGCGUUAAACUACCUCGAAUGCGACGCAAGCGAUUUUGGUCAUGGCGACCAAGAUACUAUCAACGCAAUCGAAGCAUUUCUUUCCCGUUCAGUAUGCCCUCUCCAGCACCUGCAAUUAUGUGAGCUGAGGGCUCCUAACGCGGACAUCAUUCAGCUACUCAAGCUACUCUCCAAGCUUGAAUCCUUAUAUUUAUUUAAUACCGCCGUAACGGACGAGCUCCUCGACUUCAUGGUGGAGACGAAUACGACGCCGGAAGAGGACAACCAUUUUCUCCCCUGCCUCAAGUCAUUCUGCUUCGGAGGUCCACAAACAUUUUCCUGGACCUCAAUCCGACGCCUCGUCCCGGUUCUUUCGUCGGAUGUCAGCGAGGAUGGACAGAAAAUGCGCCCCUGGAAAGAACUUGAAGUUGGUGUCAGGGUAGAUGAUCCCGAGACAACAUUCAUUGAUGAAGACACCAUCUCACGUAUCGAUACGCUCGGGAAAGGGAGAUUAACUGUGGUGGAUAUACGGACUGGCGACGAUUUUGUAACGAUCUCCAGGAAAUACCAUAAUCGCAGGAGCAAGAAACGGCACGCUGCGGCGUAG